AUGACGACAUCUUCCGAAGAAAUCUAUGAUUGCAUUAUUAUUGGUUCGGGCCUGGCUGGAAUGACGACCGCUCUCAGUUGCCUGGAUCGUGGUGCCAAGGUUGUCAUGCUGGAAAAAGAAGCCAAACUUGGAGGCAACAGCAUGAAGGCUUCUUCCGGCAUUAAUGCUGCUUGUCCUAUUGAUGAUGGUGAUGGCACUACUACUGUCUCCCAACAACAAGAGAUUGACGCCUUUGUACAAGAUACCAAAAAGUCAGCGGGGAGUCAACCAAACGCGGCCUUGAUUGAAAUCUUGGUGAACCAGUCUGCACCAGCACUGAUGUGGCUCAAGGAUCGAGUCCAAGUGGAUCUAUUGCAAUGCAAAACCCGACUUGGAGGACAUUCCUCGAAGCGUACCUUUCGGCCUGUCAAGGGUGCGGUCGGAUAUUCGGUCAUGAGUGGCAUGCAAAAAGCGCUGGAGGCAUAUCAUGCAGCUGAGAGUGGUGAUGGUCAAGAUCCAUCUCCACCAUCCAACAAGGGUAGACUCACCAUCAUGACGGAAAUCAAAAUGACUGGAUUGGUGACAGGUGAGGAUGGCAAAUCUGUGAUUGGUGUGACGGCCACUGCUGGUCCUGAAUCAUCAUCAGAGGAAACUAUUAUUCAGUUGAAAUCCAAAAAUAUCGUUUUGGCGACUGGAGGAUUUGCUGCCGAUCGAACCAAGUCAUCCCUCUUGGCCCAACAUAGACCGGAUUUAUUGAAGAUGCCAGCCACCUUUGGGGAUUUCUCCACGGGCGACGGGAUUCAAUUGGCAACUAGUACUACUUCUUCCAUCAAGGCAAAAACCUGUCUCAUGGACAAGGUUCAGAUCCAUCCCACUGGAUUUGUUGAUCCUGCCGAUCCCACCAGUCCCACCAAGUUCUUGUGCGCAGAAUUACUCCGAGGCAUUGGUGGAAUUCUAUUGAAUGAACAGGGAGAGCGCUUUUGCAAUGAACUUGGAACACGAGAUUACGUGGUGAACAAAAUGAUGAUGCAAGAACAGCAAGAAAAAGUCUUUUACAUCGUGCUUGGAUCCAACGCAGCCAAGGCGGGAGCCGAACAUGUUGGAUUCUAUACCUGGAAGAAACUGCUACAGAAACAUACAGGAAUCCAAGAGACUGCUCAAACCAUGGGGAUUCCAAAAGAAAGACUAGAGGCUACCAUUGCCGACUAUUGCGCCGCCGCCUCCAAGGGCGCCGAGGAUGCUCAUGGCAAGACCUUCUUUCCCAACCUCUUUAUGGACAACUUGCAAGAAGAAGAGUUUUUGGUCGGAAAGGUGACGCCUGUAUUGCACUAUUGCAUGGGUGGGUUGAGUGUCAAUCCUCAAGGCAAGGUAUUGGACGAAGACAACAAUGUCAUUCCUGGUUUGCAUGCUGUAGGAGAAGUAGCCGGAGGCACUCACGGCGAUAACCGUCUGGCUGGUAACAGUCUAUUGGAAUGUCUGGUCUUUGGACGAAUCAUUGGAGAGAAUCUGCCUCUGCAGCAAGAGGCUGAUGAAACAAAAGUUGUGGUGCAAGAAACAACAACUCAUUCCUCCAAAGUGAACACGAGAAACACCGAAUGCGCCUAA